AUGUCUUGGCAAGCGUACACUGACAACCUUCUUGGCACCGGCAAAAUUGACAAAGCAGCCAUCUAUUCUAGAGCAGGAGACUCUUUGUGGGCCGCUUCCGGUGGUCUGAACUUGCCUGCUAACGAAAUCACCGAGAUUGCACAAGGUUUCGAGAACCCUUCGGGGUUGCAGAGCACGGGUUUGCAUAUACAGGGUCAGAAGUUCAUGCUGAUCAGAGCUGACGACAGAAGCAUUUACGGCAGACACGAUGCCGAAGGUGUCAUCUGUGUGCGCACCAAACAAACCAUUCUAGUGACUCACUACAGUGCUGGCGUGCAGGCUGGCGAAGCCACCAAGAUUGUCGAGCAAUUGGCCGACUAUCUGAUCAGCGUUUCGUACUAA